UCAGUUAACAUUCGUGCGCGAACAUGACGGUUUGGUUUCCAGAGCGACCGUUAAACUAAAUAUUUUAAAUUUCAAACAAGUGUUCUAUUGUGGCCCGUGCGGUGUCAAUGCGUUGCCAAGAGCUUCGGGAAAACUAAGUGCACAAGGCAGUGAAAACAAUACAAAAUCGAAAAGAAAGAACUAAGCACAGUUCUUCUCAGUAUCGCGUCGGAAAGAUACGUGACUAAAAAUAGUUGUUAGUUAAGAGUGCAUUUUGGCAAAGCAAAAAUUUACAGAGCAACAGCAACAUGGCGUGUUCCACAAAGCUACUGAAAGUGUUUGCACUGAUAUGCGACAUAAUAUAUGCGCUACUUGGCAUCGCUGUCGUUUUGGUUGGUCUGCACAUCAUAAUCCAAUUUGAAGUUUUUCAAUCUGCCGGUUUCAUCACCAUUGCCAUUGGCAUCGUCCUGCUGCUAACUGCGAUCUUUGGUGUUUUGGGCGCAUCGCGCGAGAGCAGUCGCAUGGUUAAAUCGUUUACGGUCAUUUUGAUUGUGCUGAUCGUGCUGCAAGUGCUGACGGUGGGCUUCCUUUUGAUAUUCCGUGAAUCGCUGCUUAUCUCAGUGGAUAGAAGGUUCGAUGAAAUCUGGCAUGAUCAGCCUUUGCCAGUCAAGCCAGCUAAUUCCAGCCAAAUUUCGAGCAUAGAGACUUGGCUCGAGUGUUGCGGCAAUGCUGGCUACCAGGAUUAUCUGUUGCAGCCGAAGAGCUGCUACAAUCCCGAUUCGGGUAAAAUGAAUCUUGAAGGUUGUCGGCAAAAAUUCUUGGACUUCAUUGCAGACAGAUGGGUAGAUUCCAAUAUAUUCGCGCUGGCGGUUGUGGGCGUUGAGGUAAUUUGUGCACUGCUCGCCUAUGUGCUGGCCAAUAGCAUUGUGAAUCGCUGGAGACGCUCGAAGUACUUUCCAAAAUAAGUUCAGCAAUAAUUUGGAGCACUCUUCAUAAGGCGCGCAUACUCUAAAGAAAGGCCAAAGAAUUCUCAAUACUGUGCAAAUACUUACAAAUAAUCUAAUACUAAGCACAACAAAUAUGUUUUUGCGGCAAUUGCUAGUCUACCUCAUGUUCAUCCAUCGACAAAAUCAAACAGCACAACUGAUAAACUGAUAAAAAUCACUAAAAAUAAAACUAAUUUCGAUUCCGAUUCUGCAGUCAGCGAAGAGAGCUCAACGAAAGGUGCCAAAAACAAAAACAAAAACAAUAGCAGUGUUCAAGCCGAUUUCGAUGUCUUAUUUCUUACGUAUUUAUAUGCAUGUAUGUAUUUAUUUUUGAUAAGAUUUGUCACAAAGUGUUCACACAGUGCUUACCAUAAGUAACUGUGUGUGUGUGAAUGUUUUAUUUUUUGUAUGGUCAAUGCAAUUUGUAACAUUUCGAGCAAUAAAGCACAACUAUGUAGAAUUGUACUUAUUAAUUACAAUAAAUUCCUAAUAAAUCA